AUGUUCGACUGUGGCAAAAAAAUAGUGAAAUCACAAGUUAUCAGUGGCCAACUCGAGAAGUUUGUAAGGUUGGAUAGUACUAUGGAUUCUAGGUACUCACAGGCUUCCGAGACAGGUCUAAACAAAUGCACACUCAAUCUACAAGGACCAACACGUGGUAUUGUUCAUGGCAACAAUGCAUCAUCCGGAUCUUUCAAGAAAGGAUUUAGAAAAGGCUCCAAAGGUCUUUGGUCUCUAGGAAGAUCAAUCGGUCUCGGGGUUUCACGUGCGGUUUUUCCAGAAGAUCUUAAAGCAACAGAGAAGAAGAUCUUUGAUCCACAGGACAAGUUUCUUUUGCUCUGCAACAAGCUCUUUGUCACUUCUUGCAUCCUCGCUGUCUCUGUUGAUCCGCUCUUCUUGUAUCUUCCGUUUGUCAACGAUAAAGAGAAAUGUAUUGGUAUAGACAAGAGACUUGCUAUCAUAGCAACAACGCUGAGGACAGUGAUUGAUUCGUUUUAUCUUUUCCACAUGGCCCUCCGGUUUAGAACAGCUUUCGUCGCUCCUUCUUCUCGUGUGUUCGGUCGUGGAGAGCUUGUGAUCGAUCCUCCACAGAUAGCUAAACGUUAUCUUCAGCAGUACUUCAUCAUUGAUUUUCUCUCCGUUCUUCCACUUCCACAGAUUGUGGUUUGGAGAUUUCUUUACACGUCUAGAGGAGCAAAUGUCUUGGCAACAAAGCAGGCGUUGAGAUGUAUCAUUUUAGUUCAAUACAUUCCGAGGUUUAUUCGUAUAUAUCCUCUGAGCUCAGAGCUAAAGAGAACAGCUGGUGUUUUCGCUGAAACUGCUUGGGCUGGUGCAGCUUAUUACUUGCUACUCUACAUGCUCGCAAGUCAUAUUGUUGGGGCUUUGUGGUACUUACUGGCUUUAGAACGUAACAACUCAUGCUGGAGCAGGGCUUGCCGUAAUAAUGGACAGGACUGUACAAGGAAUUAUCUCUUUUGUGGUAAUGAAGAUAUGGAUGGUUAUGCUGCUUGGAGCAACAUCAAAGAUUCUGUUCUUCAGAGACAUUGUCCUGUCAAUGUCACCGAUGGUGACAAUCCUCCAUUUGAUUUCGGAAUCUACUUGAGAGCGUUGUCCUCUGGCAUUGUUUCUUCCAACAGCUUUGUCUCUAAGUACUUCUUCUGUCUCUGGUGGGGACUUCAGAAUCUAAGCACACUUGGUCAAGGGCUUCAAACAAGUACAUACCCUGGAGAGGUUAUAUUCUCCAUAGCACUUGCUAUUGCUGGACUUCUACUCUUUGCUCUUCUCAUUGGAAACAUGCAGACGUAUCUUCAGUCUCUUACGAUCCGGCUUGAAGAAAUGAGAGUGAAGAGACGUGACUCUGAGCAGUGGAUGCAUCACCGGAUGCUUCCACCGGAGCUGAGAGAACGUGUCAGACGGUAUGACCAGUACAAAUGGUUGGAGACACGUGGAGUCGAUGAAGAGAAUUUGGUUCAAAACCUUCCAAAGGAUCUUAGAAGAGAUAUCAAACGACAUCUCUGUCUGGCUUUGGUUAGGAGGGUUCCAUUGUUUGAGAAUAUGGAAGAGAGGCUGCUUGAUGCAAUCUGUGAGCGGUUGAAGCCGUGUCUGUACACAGAGAGAUCUUACUUGGUCCGGGAAGGAGACCCGGUUAACGAGAUGCUCUUCAUAAUCCGUGGUCGGCUCGAGAGUGUGACCACAGAUGGAGGGAGAAGCGGUUUCUUCAACCGUAGUUUGCUUAAAGAAGGAGACUUCUGCGGUGAGGAGCUUUUGACAUGGGCACUUGAUCCCAAAUCCGGCUCCAAUCUACCGUCCUCAACAAGAACCGCAAAGGCGUUAACCGAGGUAGAGGCGUUCGCUUUGAUAGCCGACGAGCUAAAGUUCGUGGCUAGCCAGUUCAGGAGACUGCACAGCAGGCAAGUUCAACACACUUUCAGAUUCUACUCACAGCAGUGGAGGACUUGGGCUGCUAUAUUCAUACAAGCCGCGUGGCGACGACACAUGAAGAAGAAGAAGCUUGAGCAACUCAGGAAAGAGGAAGAAGAAGGUGGAGGCUCGGUUGCUAGCAUCAGAGCGACGUUCUUGGCGUCAAAGUUUGCUGCGAAUGCACUUCGUAAAGUUCACAAGAACCGUAGCAUUGCAGCAAAAUCUACUGAAGAGCUUGUGAAAUUUCCGAAGCCUUCAGAACCUGAUUUCUCUGCUGAUAAUGAUGAUCCUCAACAACAAUAUUAA